AUGACAAGUCGAAGGUAUCAGGAAAAAGGCCAGGAGAUGGGAAGACCUCACCAAACAUUUACACUAGACGAAAUCAAAAGUCAUGAUAGUUCCAAUGACUUAUGGAUGGUAAUAUAUAAUAAGGUAUAUGAUGUUACGAGUUUCACAUCCAAGCAUCCCGGAAGUGCUGAAAUCCUUCUUGAUUGUGGGGGAGUGGAUGCUACAGAGGCUUUUGAAGAUGUUGCACAUUCGGAUGAUGCAUUUCAAAUGCUAAAGCCUUAUUUUAUAGGUGACUUAGCACCAGCGGAUUGCCGAAAAUAUAGUUCUUCGAGAAAUCCAUCGUCCAACAUGGAUUUUUCAAACAAUACUCAAAAGAAAGAAGAAGUUCCCAAGAGACAAGAGUGCAAACUCAAGCUCCCAAAUAACUUUCUAGAAAAAUUGAGUAUCAUAUUAUUAAUAAUGAUCGCAACUUUGUCUGUGAUAUUGUAUUUGAGUCUUCAGAAAAUGAAAUGGUCUUGCCCGGGCCUAUUGUAA